GAGAGGACAGGCUACUUCUGUGGUAUGAGUCAGCGGUCUCCCCUGCGCUCCCUAAUCAUCACUAAGAAAGACUUUGCUGACAACAGUGUUUGCAGAUCCAUGCGUACCUGGGAGUAGUGAAAGCCCUGGGCACAGCAGCAGGGGCACCAUGAGCCUCAGUGAGGAACAGGUACGCACCUUCUUAGAUGGGAACCCCACUUUCGCCCACCAAUAUUUUGGGAAGAAGCUGAGCCCUGAAAAUGUGGCAGGGGCCUGCGAAGAUGGUUGGCUGGCGGACUGUGGCAGCCUGCGAGAGCUGUGCCAGGUGGAAGAGAGUGCAGCACUGUUUGAACUGGUACAGGACAUGCAAGAGAGUGUCAAUAUGGAACGUGUGGUCUUCAAGAUCCUGCGGCGCCUCUGCACCAUCCUGCAUGCUGACCGCUGCAGCCUCUUCAUGUACCGCCAGCGCAAUGGCAUAGCCGAACUGGCCACACGGCUCUUCAGUGUGCAGCCAGAUAGCCUCCUGGAGGACUGCCUGGUGCCCCCUGACUCUGAGAUCGUAUUCCCACUGGACAUUGGGAUUGUGGGCCAUGUGGCUCAGACCAAGAAGAUGGUGAACGUGCCGGAUGUGUCAGAGUGUCCCCACUUCAGCUCCUUCGCUGACGAGCUCACCGACUAUGUCACAAGGAACAUUCUGUCCACACCAAUCAUGAAUGGCAAAGAUGUCGUGGCUGUGAUCAUGGCAGUGAAUAAGCUGGAUGGCCCAUGCUUCACAAGUGAAGAUGAAGAUGUUUUCACAAAGUACCUAAAUUUUGCUACAUUAAACCUGAAGAUCUAUCACCUAAGCUACCUCCACAACUGUGAGACACGAAGAGGCCAGGUACUUCUCUGGUCGGCCAAUAAGGUGUUUGAAGAGCUGACAGACAUCGAAAGGCAGUUCCACAAGGCAUUCUACACUGUUCGGGCCUAUCUAAACUGUGACCGGUACUCAGUGGGCCUCCUCGACAUGACCAAGGAGAAGGAAUUCUUUGAUGUAUGGCCUGUGCUUAUGGGGGAAGCCCAGCCAUACUCAGGCCCACGAACACCCGAUGGCCGGGAAAUUGUCUUCUACAAAGUCAUUGAUUAUAUCCUCCAUGGCAAGGAAGACAUCAAAGUCAUUCCCACACCUCCAGCUGAUCACUGGGCCCUGGCCAGUGGCCUCCCAACCUAUGUAGCAGAAAGUGGCUUUAUCUGUAACAUCAUGAAUGUGUCAGCUGAUGAAAUGUUCCAGUUUCAGGAGGGCCCCCUGGAUGAUUCUGGGUGGGUGAUCAAGAACGUUCUCUCCAUGCCCAUUGUUAACAAGAAGGAGGAGAUUGUGGGGGUGGCAACCUUCUACAACAGGAAAGAUGGGAAGCCCUUCGAUGAUCAAGAUGAAGUUCUCAUGGAGUCCCUGACACAGUUCCUGGGAUGGUCAGUGCUGAACACCGACACCUAUGACAAGAUGAACAAGCUGGAGAACCGUAAGGACAUCGCCCAGGACAUGGUUCUGUACCAUGUGAGAUGCGACAAAGAUGAAAUCCAGGCAAUCUUGCCAACAAGGGAUCGCCUGGGGAAAGAGCCUGCUGACUGUGAGGAGGAUGAGCUGGGGAAAAUCUUGAAGGAAGAACUUCCAGGGCCUACCAAGUUUGACAUCUACGAGUUCCACUUCUCUGAUCUGGAGUGUACAGAGCUGGAGCUAGUCAAAUGUGGAAUCCAGAUGUACUAUGAGCUGGGUGUAGUCCGAAAGUUCCAGAUUCCCCAGGAGGUCCUGGUGCGGUUCCUGUUCUCUGUCAGCAAAGCCUAUCGAAGAAUCACCUACCACAACUGGCGCCAUGGCUUCAAUGUAGCCCAGACCAUGUUUACGCUACUCAUGACAGGCAAACUGAAGAGCUAUUACACAGACCUGGAGGCCUUUGCCAUGGUUACAGCCGGCCUGUGCCACGACAUCGACCACCGUGGCACCAACAACCUGUACCAGAUGAAAUCCCAGAAUCCUCUAGCCAAGUUACAUGGUUCCUCAAUUCUAGAACGGCACCACCUGGAAUUUGGGAAGUUUCUGUUGGCAGAGGAGAGCCUGAACAUCUACCAGAACCUGAACCGGCGGCAGCAUGAACAUGUGAUCCACCUCAUGGACAUUGCCAUCAUUGCCACUGACCUGGCCCUCUACUUCAAGAAGAGAACAAUGUUCCAGAAGAUUGUGGAUGAGUCUAAGAACUACGAAGACAAGAAAAGUUGGGUCGAGUACUUAUCCCUAGAGACAACACGAAAAGAGAUAGUUAUGGCCAUGAUGAUGACUGCAUGUGACCUGUCUGCUAUAACCAAGCCCUGGGAAGUCCAGAGCAAGGUUGCUCUUCUUGUGGCUGCCGAGUUCUGGGAACAAGGAGACUUGGAGAGGACUGUCUUGGAUCAACAGCCCAUUCCCAUGAUGGACCGGAACAAAGCAGCUGAGCUCCCCAAGUUGCAAGUUGGCUUCAUCGACUUUGUAUGUACUUUCGUGUACAAGGAAUUUUCUCGUUUUCAUGAAGAGAUCCUGCCCAUGUUUGACCGACUGCAAAAUAACCGAAAGGAGUGGAAAGCAUUAGCUGAUGAGUACGAGGCCAAAGUCAAGGCCCUGGAGGAAGAGAAGAAGAAGGAAGAAGACAGAAUAGCAGCAAAGAAAGUGGGCACAGAGAUUUGCAAUGGUGGCCCAGCACCCAAGUCCUCGUCCUGCUGUAUCCUGUAAGACCUAUGUAGUGGCUUCUGGCCCCUCCUGCCACUCACUGGAGAUGGACUCUGCCUAUAACCGUUUGGUGUAAGACAUUAGGAAGCAGAAAAAAAAAAAAGUCAAA